AUGUCCUACCACUCCCACGCUACUUUCUCACACGAUGCGUCGCACCACGAGCAUCCUCAGCACUACCCUCAUCUCCUCUCACGCCCCUCCGCCUCGUACGACCACCCUUCACCACCGCACACUCCCUAUGCAGCUUCAUCCGCUCACCCGUGGUCCGCGCAGCGCUCUUUUGUGCCCCCAAGGCUACCCGUCCCUCGCAACCUGCCCGCCAUCGCCACUCGCUAUCCUCACGCCGAGCCAACACCACUUCGAUCUUCCAUAGCAGAUACGUACGCCUCGGUCACGUCCUCAUCCAGAGACGUGCGCUUCGAUUCACACGAUCGUCCGCACUCUUUAGCCACCGAUCUCGCUCGCUUUCCCCUCGAUCUUGCUUCUCAUCCACAUUCACCUCACCACUCCGAUGAGCCCAUCGGCCAGUAUGCUCCGCCACCGUCUACCUCGCUGUCUAUCUACACUCGAUCGUCUGAGCCUACCCCUCAGCGUACACCGCACGACUCGUUCGACCUCGCCAAGGCAUCCAACGACGCCCAUCCUUCCUUCUUCCGUCACGAUCGACGCAAACUCGACUCGAGCCCUCCUCAGAGGUGUGCAUCCAGCUCCGACCAUCGAGAUCGAACUGUCCCUGACUUUCCCUCGCUCACCCCAUAUCCCAACCCUCGCACAGACCACUCUCAACCGCAUCACGAUCAGCCUCGCCACCAUCAAGACCGAUCCGAGAGCCGACGUCCCAGCCACGCUUUCGCUCCCGAGCCCAAAGACGCUGCACGCUACCGUGCCGAGCCCAAAGACGCUACAUGGAUCGCCCCACGACUUUAUCCAUCAGCAAAGCGACCUUUACCCCAAGAUCGUCAACCCGACGUGGAUCCACAGCCGCUGCUCACUCCACCGUCUCGUUCUUACUCUUCAUCCGCCUCUGUUGCCAAUUAUGCCUAUGAAUCUUCUACUUUACCUCAAGCCCCUUGCGUCCACCAAGCCGAUCCCUCCAUCACUUCCCAGCAUCCCAUGCAGCCUAAUCGCAAACGGCUUCGCAUCUCGCGCGCUUGCGAUGAAUGCCGUCGUCGCAAGACACGCUGCGACAUUAUUGGCGCCUUUCCAGGAGAGCCAGGCCAUCCGCUCACCAUCUCGGGCGCAGUGCCGCCUUUGGAACCCCACAUGGAACCCAAGGGCGACAUGCUUAUCCUCCAGCCCUGCAUGAAUUGUCGUCGCAGCCAAGUCACCUGCACCUACAGCAAGCGUCCUCUCAAACGCGGCCCCAGCAAAGGCUACAUCAAAGACCUCGAACGACGCCUCAACUCGCUCGAAUCUCAGAUUGUCUCUGCCGAUCGACCCGACGCCGAGACCGACGAGCGCCAACAAGACCACCUAUCCAUACCGACGGUCAGCGCACCGCCACCGCCAUCGUCACCGCCCAAACCCAAGGUCCGCACAGAGGUCCGUAUCAGUCGGCUUGAGAGCGUUCUUGCCCGUCCAUCGACCGCCAAAAGCGAAGACAGCAAGUCAUUCUUGACCGGCUCGAGUCGUCGCAGCAGCCAAUCAGAUCAUUUUCACAUCAAACCAGAGACGCACCCCGCUAUCGAGUCGCAUCUAGACACUCUUGAGAUCAACACUCUUGAGAAUGCUCACCACGCCGCUGCUCAAACAGGUAAGGUCGACAGCGAACCGUCCCAAUCCGUGUCGGCAGCUUCGUCGAUGGUCUCGCCCCAACAAACCUACUCGUCUGCCGCUUCACGUCCGGAAUCGUCUAUGGUCGAGACACAGCCAACAACCAACAGCAAGGGCAAACGCAAGGCGGUGCGACGCCCGGCAACAAGCUCGCCCUCUCGCGCGUCGGACAUCGACAUUGCCCAAGUCAAGGCCAAGGUGGUCACCUCGUUUCUGCAUGCCACUUUCCCCGUCGUUGCCAUGCGAAACGAGGGCGAAAGCAGUCGAACCGCUAACCGCAUCAAUACCCAGAACACCAGCAACAUUGCUCGCCUCGAAGACCGAGUGUUGGUCAGAGGCAUGAGGUUGCUCGUAGAGCCCGUCGAGAUGCUCACCUCGCAACACGACGCGCAAACCACCAAGUCUCAGGCGCAUGCUGCACGCGUAGCAAGUCUCAUCGGCCAAGCCUCGGCCGGUCUCGGCGGUCCACGUGAGGAGCUCAUCAGACAGGCAGGAUCGGGCACGGAUGCUUUGCGAGCGCUUCGCAAGGUGGCGCAUCGGCUCUCUGGCCAGGAAGCAGACCUGUUGAUGCUCUGCCACCUUGAUCAGCUUCGCAAUGGUCACAACAACAACUCGGCGCUGGCUGCCGCCGUCUCCAAGCUUGGCUCGGGCUGCAACGUUCAAAACGAUCCCGAGACCUACCGGAGGAGAACGCUGCUGUUCAUGCUGGAUCGAUGGCAUGCAAUCGCAUUUGAAACGCCGCACUUGCUCACGGGCCGCUUUGGUGUGGAACGACAGAGCUUCCGUUCCAUGAAGGAUGCUCUCGGAGACGUCUCGCAAUUGGCUCUGGGCGAGGGUGUAUACGAGGUGCUGCGAUGUGCCAUCAUGCUCGGUCAGCUCAACGACCUUGUGCAAAGCAACGGUGGAUGGAAGGCGGUCAGCAAGAGUGAUGUCGAAGCAGUCAUCCACAGCGCCAUGGACGAAAAUGAGCGUGCCACUACGCUGGACCCAUCGCCUAGCAGCCAAGUGUCAUCUAGCAUCGACGCAUCCCAGCCGAGAAAUUCUUGCCCUGAUGUUCUGAGCACUGCAGCUCUGCGCUACAGUCUCGAGAAUCUGGUUCGAUGCUACCAUGCGCUGCACACGCUACCCAACGCCAGAGACGUUACACUGGACGACCUGCACCGCAUGUUCAACCUAGCCGAAUCGGUUGUUGUGCUCGGCUCGGCAAAGACGCCCAUCUCGCUUCAGGGCAAGCUGGUGCAGUCGGCCAUCGGGCCUUCGGUGCUCGCGGUAGCCGGGAUCGCGUUUUCGUGGUGUUUGCGCAUCAUCUGCAUGAUGGUUGCGUCUUCGCUUGGAACAGGCGCAAAGCGUAUUGGUACGCGCCCGAGCCCGACUGAUGCUCAAGCGUCCACCACGGACACUCUCGCCUCUUCGGUCUCGCGCACGUCGUUCCCACUCGAGUUCUACCGACGGAGGAUCUUUGACUACAUGCGCAUGUGUGGUCCGUUCUGCCUGUUUUCCGGUGGCGCACCGACGUCGACGGCCAGCUUCGCGCCCGUCUACCUGCGUCUGGCGCUCUACUUUAAUUCGACCGUCUCGUACGCCUCGCAAGUGGGCUCGCUCGUAUCGCCGCAGUCCACACGCUCAAGCCCGGUCCACCAGGAUGCCACGGCAUUGGGCAGCGAUGCCGACAACUUGCUCUUCAUGGCCAACGAGAUGGGCGCGUUGGGCUACAUCCUCGCUGCAACCUCGCUCGCCGAUGCGUACAGCUUGCUCACCACCGACCGCGCGCACGCCUAA